UGUCACAACUUUGAUGUUCUUUCAAUGCAGCAGUAAAGUUUCACAGAGCUGUGCUCGUGUGAUGCCCGGAUGGUUUUCAAAUAGACUGUCUUCAAGUAUGUGUUCACUUAUUAUGGUGGCCUGUGUUUUGCAGAGACCUCUGUGGCCAGGAGAAACGUCCAGAUGAACUUUGACCUGGUGCUCCAGAACAUCCAGCAGUAGAACAUGCUGGCUGGGGAGGGAGAGUCCUUCGUCGGGGUCACGUCCAGAGGAGCACAGCUGGCCCAGCAGCACCUCAUUCCACUAAGGCUCUACAGCAAUGGCAUCCUCGUGUUCAAUUGGCCCUUCCGCUCUUACCAGGAAACCAGCACACAGGUUCACGACAGGUGAGAGGAGGAGUUCCAAGAGAGGCGACCGUGGGCGGAGUUCCCUGGGAUGGACAGAGGGGGAGAAAUCAACAGACAGACUAGAACACGCGUACUGUGCCGUCUCCCAGAUACCCGGCUGCCCAAAUUGUUGGUGAAGGCUGGUAGAGUGAUUGACAUCAGGGACUCAGUGAAAGCCAGUCUACAGGGCUCUUCUGAUGCUCCAAACAGCCAUGCGGUGACCCUCAUAGACACACCAGUGCUACAGGCCUUGAAAGAGAGGUUGGAGUUGCAUGAGACUGACCCCCUCCCAACUCGGCCCGUGAUGUCACCACACUGAGGGUGAAGUCAGAGGAUGGCGAGCACACUUACAUCAUGAAGAUGCACUUCUCAGAGACCAUAGGUCACCUGCACCAGUAUCUGGACAAGUACAGGUGGUUGCUGUAGUCUGCUGUAUGUUGUUGAGAAGCCUGGUUGUCUGUAGUGGGCCAUAGAUUACAGACCUCUGUGGCCACAACGUCGUACACUACGGACCCAGUGUAGCUGCUGUGUCGUCGGACACUGCUCUUCUCCAGCUCAGCCCAUUCCUAGAGACUGCAGAUGCUAUCUGACCUUUGACCCCUGGACCCUGCACCUCUAGUCUGUGCUCUAUGACUUGCUGUGAGGCCAUGUCUGCUGUGAACAUCACCAGAGACAUCUUGCACAGGCAGAUCAGGGACAAGAGAGCAUUGGGCUUCCAAAGGCAGUAUCAUGUCACAGACCCCUUCAUCAAUAGACUUGGACUGGAGGCAGAGUUGCAGGGCCACACUGGGUGUGUGAACUGCCUGGAAUGGAACGAACAGGGAGAUCUGCUGGCAUCGGGCUCAGAUGACCAACAUUGCAUCAUCUGGGACCCCUUCAAACACAAGAAGCUCACCACUAUGCACACAGGGCAUGCAGCAAACAUCUUCUCUGUGAAGUUUCUCCCUCACUCAGGUGACCGUAUCCUUGUGACGGGUGCAGCGGACACCAAGGUUCACGUGCAUGACGUGUCUGUCAAGGAGACCAUCCACAUGUUCUCCGACCACACCAACCGCGUCAAGCGCAUCGCUACAGCCCCCAUGUGGCCUAACGUCUUCUGGAGUGCUGCGGAGGAUGGCAUCAUCAGGCAAUAUGACCUGAGGGAGAGCAGUAAGCGUUCAGAAGUGCUCAUCGACCUGACGGAAUACUGUGGUCAGCUGGUGGAGGCCAAGUGUUUGGCUGUCAACCCGCAAAAUAAUAACUACCUAGCAGUGGGGGCCAACGGGCCCUUUGUACGCCUCUAUGACAUGCGCAUGAUCCACAACCACAGGAAGUCUGCGAGUCAGAGCACAUCGGCAGGAGUGCACACAUUCUGCGACAGGCAGAAGCCCAUCCCAGACGGAGCGGGGCAGUAUUAUGUCGCAGGGCACCUGCCAGUGAAGCUCCCUGACUACAAUAACCGCCUGAGGGUCCUAGUGGCCACCUAUGUCACCUUCAGCCCCGACGGCACCGAGCUGCUAGUUAACAUGGGAGGGGAACAGGUGUAUCUAUUUGACUUGACGUUCAAACAGAAGCCGUACACCUAUCUGCUUCCCAAAAAGUGUCAAUCAACAGAUGUUCAGAAUGGAAAGACAACCAACGGUGUGUCAAAUGGAAUUCACUUGCCAGCCAGCCGACUUCGAUUCGCAGAAAGCAAAGUCUUCUCUGGUUCUGGUGAGCUGCCGCCUCACUUGGAGCGGAUAAAGCAGCAGGCAAACGAUGCAUUUGCGCGGCAGCAGUGGACUCAGGCCAUCCAGUUCUACAGUCUGGGCAUCCACGAGGCCAGCCACAACGCCAUGCUGUACGGGAACCGCGCCGCCGCCUACAUGAAGCGCAAGUGGGACGGUGACCACUAUGAUGCGCUGAGGGAUUGUCUGAAGGCCCUGUCCCUCAACCCUGGGCACCUGAAGGCCCACUUCCGGCUGGCGCGCUGCCUCUUUGAGCUGAAGUACGUGGCCGAGGCUCUGGAGUGCCUGGAUGACUUCAAGGGCAAGUUCCCCGAGCAAGCCCACAGCAGCGCCUGCGAUGCCCUGGAUAAGGAUAUCAAGGCCGUCCUCUUUUCCAAGAUGGACUCUGCUGAGGACAAAAAGGGCAACAGCUCAAUCCGCUUCCACACGUUCAACAGGAAGGAGUCCAUCCCGGAAGACGAGGUCGUCUUGAGAGAGCGCAGCUACGACUACAAACACCGCUACUGUGGUCAUUGCAACACUACCACAGACAUCAAGGAGGCCAACUUCUUUGGCAGUAAAGGCCAGUACAUUGUGAGCGGCUCCGACGACGGCUCCUUUUUCAUCUGGGAGAAGGAGACUGCUAACCUGGUGCGGAUCCUCCAGGGGGACGAGUCCAUAGUCAACUGCCUGCAGCCUCACCCCAGUUACUGCUUCCUGGCUACCAGCGGCAUCGACCCUGUGGUGCGGCUCUGGAACCCCAGGCCAGAGACGGAGAGUGAGAGUGGGAACGGUCGCGUGGUGGAGGACAUGGAGGGCGCCGCUGCAGCCAACCAGCGGCGUAUGAAUGCCGACCCCCUGGAGGUCAUGCUGCUCAACAUGGGCUACCGCAUCACGGGCCUCAGUGGCCGUGGGCCAGAGGGCUCAGACGAUGAGGACAGCUCAGAUGGCCAGGUGCAGUGCCGGCCCAGCUAGACUAGCAGGUCCAACACCACAUACAGUAUGGAGGCAGCAGGAUGCAAGGCACUCCUCUCCUACCCCCUCCCAAACCCUGAGGCUGUCUGUGUGUGUGUACGUCUGUGUGUGUGUCUGUGAGGAGGGGGAAAAAGCACCAUAGAUAUUCCGUUUGUCAAUGUUUCAUUUGCCCCUCUAAAACGAAAGCAACAUCGAGUGAAUGUCAUGUCACAGCUCUGCACUAUGCACUGCCCUCCUCCACCACAUCCCGAGGCAGGAUUGGAGGAAACCAGUUUGGCGAGGGGAUUCCACGGGGGUGACGACAACGACCUUUCACCCCUUUUAAGAACACCAACAACAUCACCUCGGCCGCUCCCUCCGUUGCUCCAAGGCUGGAGGUAUUGGGCCUAUACAGUAAAGAAGAGAGUACUCCAUCACUCCCUAAUCUCUCACUAUGAGCUAAGAGUCAACCACUUCUAAACCCUCCCCAAGAGGAAGUGCGUUGGAGGGAAACACUACAAGCAGAAGCCCCAGGUCUCUGGUAGUGUAGCCUGCAGACGGCUCAGAGGUUAGAGGUCAAAGCGAGGCCCCAAUAGUCAGUGUCCUCAUUGGAGGAUGAGACUUGAGGCCACAGGAAGUUGCUUUGUUUCAUCUCUAGUGGGCUUUUCAAUUGGAGUAUAAGAGGUCACUCUCAGCCCCUCUCCAGCUCUGAAAGUCUCUACCUAAAGUUUUUGAUUUACAGUCCUUUUUUUAAAGUUGUUGGAAUAUUGGUCAACAGGAACAGAGCAGAAGAAGUAUUGACAAGUCUAGAAGUGUUUCUCCAACUCAACUUAAAUGUGUUGUUAGGAUUGUGCGUUUCUUUUAAACUCGGUCUGGCAACAACAAAAAAAAGUUUAUCUUCAUUUGUUCAAAGUUUUAAGAGUAAAUAAUGGCCAAGGAUCCAUGUUGCAUUUGCUUUCUCUGUUGAAGUUCUUCUUGUCGCUCUAUAUGCCUAUUUUAUUGACAGGUAUGCAAAAUGUUUCCCUUUUACUUUUAUUAUGUAGGUUAAGACAAAGCUGUCAAACUGAAGCAGUAGCUCCGCACAUUUUCUCCAACACUUAGACAUUUGCUCCUCUGUCAUUUGUUGAUAACGAUGUAGAGCCGGAAGGGUUGUGGGGUUUAGUUUAAGGGGUUUGAUUUAAUUGAUAGUCAGGUGUUGAUUGGUCAGAAUCUGUCGAACUUUGUUGUCCUAAGGUUGCACAAUUCUGGUAAUUUCCACAAAAUUCCCAGUUUUUACGAGAUAUCCCGGUUGGCAGAUAACCAGGAUCCGGAUGGAAUAAGCAUGAAAUCAUGAAUCUUCCAACCAGUAUUUCUGGAAAACCAGGGAAUUAUGGGAAAGUGAUGCUCUGAACAGAGAGAGGGAAAGUGAUGAAGAGCGAAGGGUAUUUCACUAUCCUAGGGCAAUACCACCAGUCCUAAUAUCACUCAUGCAUGGCAUAGAGACAAUUUCGUAGACGCAAUCCAUUUGGUGGCUUUUGGGGUUCAGGAUCCCUAUACAAGCACUUUCAGCUUUCCCCAGAACAUUUUGGGGCAAAGAAUGGAAUAGGGAUUUUUCCCUUCCUGUAGCUUUGGACCCAGCAUGAGUCCUCUGCUGCAGUUGGAGUUUUACUUAUGAGAUUUUGUCUAAAGUUAACAUUGUAAAUGGCAAAUUUAGACAAUGAGCCUCUUGGUCCUCUAGCCGACCAGCAAAACACCAGCUCACUGAUGACGUGGGUUCAAAGAAAACCUAAGGAUGGAGUCCUCUAACACUAGGCUUCCAUGUGUAAUUUCUUUUGUUAAAAAAUAAUUUAAGAAAUGUUUUAUGUUUAUUUUUCUUUGGGAAAAAUCCCACGACAAAGUUUGCUGCAAGAGAAAAAUAAAAGAGGUCUAAUGUUGUUGAA